AUGUCAGCCGGGACAGUGGUCAUCGCAGGAGGAAUUCUGGCUACAGUCAUCUUACUGACCAUCGUUGCUGUACUGUGUUUAUGUAGGUUACAGUAUUACUGCUGUAAGAGGGAGGAGUCUGAGAAGGGGGAAGAGGAGGAACCAGAGCUCACCAGCAUGUCGCCAUCCCGCCCCCUGGCUCUGCCCGCUCCCCCUUCGCCUCCGACGCCGGAACACAUCUUUCACGAGGAACCAGAGCCGUACACUCCCACUUUCCUCACUGAGGCCAACGGGCCUACCAGCUACUCCCCCACACCUCCGCCCCGCAGGUGCCAACGCUCACAUGCCUUCUGCCCGUCCUGCGCUCGCUGCACACUGCCCUUCUACCUGCAGCACCCUGAGAGGCUGUGCAACGGCGGGCGCAGGAUAAGCUACAGGACUGUGCAGCAGGAGGACCUGGAACUACCCAUUGACCUGGCUAGCUUCUACCAGAAGUUAAAUCUCAUCCGCUCCGUCACCAUGCGGGAGGUGGUCACACACAGCGUCAGCACCGACGUCUAG